UGACACGGCUCCUUGCUUCCUGUCGUGAUGUGCGUAAACAAUGCACAUGGUAUAAUUGAAUGUAGCGAUAUAAUCUGACAGCGUGUUGUAACGAUGGUGAAGUGUAUGGUCCAGAGCUGUAGAAACUACAGUGAUGUGAUACCAGGAGAGCUGCCGAACCGUCCGCUCAAGAGGUUUUUCAGCUUCCCCAAUGAUGAGGCCCGAGUAAAAGUGUGGCUGGCCGCUUUACGCGAGUCUCAGCGCGAAAUCCCAGAGCACUUUAGGAUAUGUGAGGAUCAUUUCUUGACCCAUCACGUUACACCCAACGGCAUCAGCCCGGACGCGAUUCCCAUCACGCCCCCUUUAGAUGGACUGUUGCUCGACUGGAGCUCUUCUGAUGUGCACGACAAGCAGUCGGCGACAACUGACAAGAGUGGAGCUGUCCCAGAUGAUGACGUUGAUGAGGAAGACGAUGACGAAGAGGAAGACGAUGAUGAGGAAGAACACACCUUUGCAUAUGGUGGUGCAAAUAUUAUAAGUAAUGAUGUCCAGAGAGCACAUCAUUCGAUCCUACCUCACAACUACGAUAUAAACGACUUCAAGCAACCAACGGGUACAUUCAGCAAGCAAGUCAAGAAUCGUUCUAACGUCGCUCUUGGACCUCUGACCAAACGCUUCAUGCAGUUACUUCUUACAGCGCCUGGUGGGAUUCUGGAUCUCAAUGAGGCUACCAGAAAACUGGGUGCAAGAAAGAGGCGGGUGUAUGACAUCACCAGUGUACUUAAUGGCAUCCAUCUGAUCAAAAAGAUGUCCAAAAACAAGGUCCAGCUGGUAUGUUCAGCACCAGUCAGCUCCUGCGGUAGCAACCGGUCGUCCGAUCCGAAUAGUGACCUGCUUAAACUGAAGUCAACUGAGGAAUCCCUCGACUGGCUCAUCAAAGACUGCGCCCAACAACUCUUUUCCCUGACCGACCUCAAGGAUAAUGCUGACUCAGCUUAUGUGACAUAUGAGGACAUCUGUCAGAUUGGUGUAUUCCAAGAUCAGACUAUUAUAUCCAUCAGAGCCCCUGAUGAGACCAAGCUAGAGGUGCCCACUCCCACUGAGAACGCUAUCCAGAUUCACUUGAAGGGUUGCCGGGGCCCCAUUCAUAUACGAACCUGUGAGACUGAGGGACCAAGUGAUGCAGUGGAUCCAGCAAACAAAGAAUCAAAACCUGUGAAACCAGGAUGCUUUAUAACACUAGAGGAGAGCCGGAUACACACAAAACCACUUAUAUCAGAUGUUUCAAGCAGUGUAGCAGCUGUACAGAGUGCAUAAGGAUCACAAACACUACAAAAAUGGAGACUUUGCUUUACCUCGACUUUGUUGCUCGUAUUGCUGGGCACACAUAUU